AUGGCGAAUCUACCCUCCCACGCUUCCCCGUCUUUCGGAGCGCAAUCGCCUGCGACGUCGCACAAUGUCGACGAGCUAUCAUUGACACUCAAUCCCACAUCAACCCCUGCCUUACACUCUAGAUUAGAUGAUAUUCGUGACGAUGCCGCCAGUGACCGCGGGGACAUGACUCCUGCGGUGCCCGCGUCGCUCCUCUCCCCCUCCUUCACCCCUCCAGCAACCCCCGGGGGCACAAUCAAUACCGCCCAGCUGCUUCAACAGGCCCAAUUAGCGGGCGUACGAACAGACACCACACACACAAAGCGUCCGAAACUGCUGUCCUGCUUGCCUGAUGUCGAGUGUAUUGUUCGAGCUCGGAUACCCACCACAACGGGGGCGGAGAUGUUUCUCCACCUGUACCACAAUGAUCUGGACAACAAGGAGCAUUUGGCGAUCGUGUUUGGAAAUACCAUCCGGAGCAGGAGUUUGGACAAGGUCCGACCGGGCGAGACGGAAAUGGAUCGCAUGAUCCGGGGUGCCUACAUGGGAAAGCUGCGUCCAGGUCGGGUAAGCAGCUGGACUGAUGACGAGAAGAACGGGGAGAGCAGCAAUGCAGAAGUCGGCGGCGCCGUAUCGGGCUCACAGACUCCGUUGCAGAGUAACCUCAACGAGGCGCCUCUGGUGAGAAUCCAUUCGGAAUGCUACACGGGUGAGACCGCGUGGUCCGCGCGGUGUGAUUGUGGUGAGCAGCUGGACGAAGCGGCCAGGCUUAUGUCGCUGCCCAUGGAGACACUCAACGAGGUUGCCUCGCAGCAGUCCAUGCCGGUGCCGUCGAAUGCUGCUGGCGGUGUGAUUGUGUAUCUUCGCCAAGAAGGCCGGGGCAUUGGCCUGGGAGAGAAGCUGAAGGCAUACAAUCUUCAGGAUCUGGGGUCGGACACGGUGGAAGCUAAUCUCCUGCUACGCCACCCCGCGGAUGCAAGGAGUUACGGUUUGGCUACGGCCAUUCUGGUCGAUCUGGGCCUGGGAGCGGAUUCCAACCCGCACGGUAUCAGGCUCCUCACCAACAACCCGGACAAGAUUCAAGCAGUUGAAGGACCGAAUCGGGAGGUUGUCGUAAAGGAACGGGUACCGAUGGUGCCACUAGCUUGGAGAUCCGGGGGCAAGAUGGGCAUCAAGAGUUCUGAAGUGGAAGGCUAUUUGCAAACUAAGAUAUCCAAGAUGGGCCAUCUCCUGCAAUAA